ACAAUUUGGUCCCUUUCCGCUUUUGGAGGCGUCGGCCCAGAUUACGUACUAUAAAAGGAGGAUCCCAGUAUUAGGGUUUCCUUUCGUCUCCCUCCCUAAGCUGCCGCCGACGCACCCGCAAAGAGAAGGGAGGCUGUGUAGGGCGCAUUAGGGCGAUGGGGAAGGGCACGGGGAGCUUCGGAAAGAGGAGGAACAAGACCCACACGCUGUGCGUGCGAUGCGGGCGGAGGAGCUUCCACCUCCAGAAGAGCCGGUGCGGUUCCUGCGGCUACCCUGCUGCUCGGAUCCGCAAGUAUAAUUGGAGUGUGAAGGCGAUUAGAAGGAAGACAACUGGUACUGGAAGGAUGAGAUAUCUCCGUCAUGUGCCACGAAGGUUCAAGAAUAAUUUCAGAGAAGGCACUGAAGCAGCACCAAGAAAGAAGGCAGCAACUGCAGCAGUUUAAACAUAAUUGUUACUUUUUAGCUUCUGGAGUCUUAUGGGUUUUUUCUUAAAACUUAAUUAUUGAACAGCAAUGACUUCUUGGAUGCCUUUUGCUUUGGUC